GCACCGCACAGUGUCGUCACCUGGCUGUCUGACGGCGUGGCUACUGCAAUGAAGCUGCCCGCGGAGGAGCGUGUUGCUGAAUGGGCGGGCGUUGGCCCGUUGGAGCACGGUUUCGUACAGCUAGCGCAAGCACCGCGCCUGGAACGCGUUCAAGAUGGCGCGUCUCCAGCUUAGUGAAAAGGCGAAGUGUGUUCGGGCAGCAUGCGAAUGUGCUUGUAGCGCACGGCUCAAGCACUUGAGUCUUUUUCUGCGCAAGAGUCGAGUGGCUCCAUACCCUGGCCAAUGCGUCGAAUCUGCACCUGCAGCUCCUAGGCGUCGCGGCAACUCUGAUCUUAUCUUGCCGUCGCCGCUGAUCAAUAUAUCUAGAUUGAGUGUGCUUCCCUUCUGUGGGAUCAGGGCGCCAUACAGCUUGAGAGUGCACGCGCCGGUAUCUACAGCCAAAGCUUCUACCUUGCGCUCGUGAAGCUGCAAGCUGUACUGUUGUCCUACAUGUUGCACGGUAUGCAUGUGCGCCGCGGUUGAGUUCCUUGUGGUGGCUAGCAACAGUGUGUCAUCUGCGUGCGCAAGUACGUGCACGUGCAUGCUCUCAUCCAGACUAGGCUCCGCCUCCCUGUCUGCGUCGCGCAAAAGGACGUUCAUCAGUCUUGCGAAUAAAAACGGAGGGAGCGGACACUCCUGACUGAUGCCGAACGCUUGCGGAUACUCCUCAGGUGUCUUUCCAACCCCCUAUCCCUGAAUGUCUUGGCCCUUCUAACUUAGGUCCCCUCCCGAAGGGUUAGGGGUUCUUUUUCGAUUAAGCAUCCAGAGCUAAAGCUGCCGAGGCCUUUGGAAAAGUCUCGCGGCGAUUCCCAUGAGCGCCCGACCGCCUCCGGAACCCGGGGCUGCGGGCUCCUUGAAUAGCGUGCGCAGGACACAGCACGUUGCAUUCGAAGGGGCCUGAGGGCACUCCACUCAGCCCCUACGGAACGGUGGCGGACUUUAGUUGAUAUUACAGGCAUGCCGCUGGGAACACACAAUGACGGCCGCCGAGCGGGCGCGUUCUUCUCUGUCCUUGCGUGCGCAGGCGCCCUGAAGGCCCCCGUGCAGCAACGGAAUAUCAAAGCGCUGUACGUGACGUCGAGCUUUCCGAAGGACACCAUGCCUAUAGAUGUGAUGGUGGAGCAUCAGCUGAAAACCCUCGGUGGCCCAAACGUCGAGCUGAGAGCUGUGGUUUUCGACAACACGCCGCCGUGGCUAAGUGACGCCGAUCUCAUCGCCUGGCCGAAGACAUUUGAGAUGCAGCGCCGCGGGCUGGAAAAGCUCCACAAGGGCAAGGUCUCCGCGAAGCUGCCCCGCGUGACCGUGAAGCCGAUGGACUACGAGGCCGUCGAUGAUCCUGCGUUCUUGGCGCCGUUCUUCCACGUGGAUGCCAUGGAUAAGACCGGCGCCGUGCUCGCGCAGAAGAGCCUCCGGAGCAUGUUUGGGACGACGGGCGAGCACGCGCAGAUGCUGUCGAAUUUCUUUGCCAUGACCCAUUUCAUGAGGGAGUGCAUGAGCCCAGAGAACGACGACGUGGAUCUGUGCCUGUACUUCGACCCCGACAUGCUGAUGUAUGGGAACACCACGGGCAUCCUCGAGCUGGCGACGGCCACCUUCGAGGACAACCCGGAGCUCGUCGUCGUGUCUCCGCCGUUCGGCUGCUACAGGGACAGGUGGGUGAAGAAGGACCCCGUGUCUGGAGCGUGCCCGUCCCGCAGCGCCAUCGUCAGCAGCCGGCACGUGAUCGCGCAGCGCCGCCGCCUCGUGCCCAAGAUGCCCAUCACGGUGCCCUCAAUCGGCAAGAGCUACUGGGAGGGGGUGAUGACCGAAGCUCUGGGGCGCGCCGGCCGCGGCCAGAUCCUGUGCGGGCAGGAGUUCUUCAUCGUCCACCCUCCCAGCCGCUACCAGAAGAACAAGAGGAACCAGACCAUGCCCCUGAUGCAGCUGCUCCGGCUGCUCGUGCCGCCUGAGGCAGCGAUGUGCUCCGAGCCGGGCGCGUGCUCCGCCGAGGUGCAGGCCACCCUGGGCACGAAAGAGCUCGUCAGGCGCUUCGAGGCGGGCAGGAUCGUUGCUGACAAGCAGACCCUGUACAACAAGGGCUGCGGCUGCUGCGCGGACAUGAUGCCCUCCGCCGAGCGCAUCGGCGAGAGGCCUUCUUCCAGCCGCGCGGGGAGACCUGGGAGUCCGAGGGGCUCAGGAGCGAGGCCAACGACGCAUCGUUCGACUGGGUGGUGAAGUGUGCGCCGUGAGCCGCCCGGUCAAGCCAGGGCUGGGGAUCGCGCACGACCCGCGCGUGUGGCCACCGAAUUUGCAGAGCAU